AUGGAACUUACACAAAUUAACCAAGUUCAUAAGCUUCUCACAGCAUUUGUGUUGUUCUUUCUUGCAAGUUUGGCUUUGUCUUUUCCUUUAGAGCCAGAAGACAAAAAUAGGCAAUGGCACAUGACUUCAGAUGUUAAGGAAGUAGCAGGCAAGUCUUAUGACUACAUAAUAGUGGGGGGAGGCACAUGUGGUUGUCCGUUAGCUGCUACUCUAUCAGAGAAAUUCUCUGUGCUACUCAUUGAAAGAGGUGGUUCACCGUAUGGGAAUCCCUUGGUGAUAGAUAGAAGAUACUAUGGUAUUCCAUUACUUAAGACUGAUAAAUACAUGUCAGUGGCACAAAGUUUCAUUUCACAUGAUGGAGUUGACAAUGUGAGAGGAAGAGUUCUGGGGGGAUCAUCAGCCAUAAAUGGGGGUUUUUACAGUAGAGCAAGUGAGGAAUUUAUAUGCAAAGCUGGGUGGGACAAGAAGCUGGUCAAAGAAGCUUAUGAAUGGGUGGAAUCAAAGGUUGUCUUUCCUCCUUUUUAUCUCUCCCCAUGGCAAUCUGUUGCUGAAUUCAGCAUACUUGAAGCAGGAGUUUUACCAUACAACGGAUUCAGUUUGGAACAUAUCAAGGGAACCAAGAUUUCUGGUAGUGUGUUUGAUGAAUUUGGAAAGAGACACACUUCGGCAGACCUUCUGAAUGCAGGGAACCCAAAGAACCUCACAGUUCUUCUAAAUGCCACAGUCAAGAGUAUCAUCUUUCAUCACAAUAGAUACAGGAAUGAAACCAGAGCUAAGGGUAUAAGUUUCAUGCAGAGCAAUGGCACAUUAGAUGAAACGCAUGAAGCCUACAUAAAAGAAGUCCAGAAUUCAAGUUCAAGGGGUGAUGUCAUAUUGGCAGCGGGUGCAUUGGGUAGUCCCCAACUUCUGCUGCUAAGUGGCAUAGGGCCAGAUGAACAGCUAAGAAGGUUCAAUAUAUCAUCAGUGCGUGACAUGCAAGGGGUUGGGAAAGGAAUGCAAGACAACCCUUGCAUAGCAGUUUUGGUGGAUUCUAAGCCGCAGAAUAGGCUUCCUGAUCCACCUCAAAUUGCUGGCAUAACAGAUGACUUCAAAAUCAUAGUUGAAGCAUCAAUACUUCCUCUAAGUUCCAAUUCUUCAAGGGUUAAUGUUGCUGCCAAGAUAGCGAUGCCUACUUCAAAAGGGGUACUUGAGCUGAACAACACAGACCCCAGGCUGAACCCUUCUGUGAGGUUCAACUAUCUAGCAAGCGAAAAUGACAUGGAAGAAUGUGUCAAGAUGACAAAACUGCUUGAAAGAAUUGCAAGGUCAAAGUCUAUUGCCUUUUUUCUAGGAGAGUCACGGCAAGAAAAAAUGACAUCUGCUGAUGUUGAUCUAAGAAACUUCUGCAAGAAGAAUGUGAGAACAAUCUAUCACUAUCAUGGGGGUUGCACCGUUGGAUCAGUUGUUGAUGAGCACUACAAGGUUUAUGGUAUAAAGGGAUUGAGAAUAUUGGAUGGCUCAACUUUUUCAGAGUCACCAGGCACAAACCCAAUGGCCACCCUUCUCAUGCUAGGAAGGUACCAAGGACUCAAGAUUCUAUGCGAAAGGGAUGCAGUUUCUGACUCAAAUGUCCAAGACAACCCAAAAUGA